AGUGAAAGUUCCAAGAAUUUGUCGCGUUAGGCCACUGAGAGAGCGAUAGCAAAACUCGGCUUGAUUCCGCGGAACGGGUUUCAGGAAGUUGGCGGAUUAGCCACGGCCACGAAAAUGGCCCAUUUCUCGAUCACCGAAAUGCCGGACCUGAAGGUCACGACGGACACGUUCCCCAAAAGUGGCCGUGUAACCGAAGUUUGCAAGGAAUGGCUCGUUAGGGAAGACGGAGCACUGGCGUACCAGCUACAGAACCAAGAGAUAAGUGAACACUAUAGAGGCAACAAGCAGCGCAACCAAAUCGUCCGGCAGGACUUUCCGACCGCCCUCACGGAGCAGAUACGCGAGAAGGAGGAUGCCGAGCGGCAGGCGGCCCUCUACCAUCAAAUGAUCAACGAACAGGAGGAGAUGGACGCAAAAGUGGCCCGCGAAGUAGCGGAUGAACUGAACCGUGAGACGCAGCUGAAGCGUCAAAUGGAGCAACAAAGAAGCGAGAUGCUAGCCCGCCGACUGCAAGAGCAGGCCCGUCUAGGAGACCGGAGACACCAUCCGGCUACCGGUGGUCGCCCUGUGCACACGGAACCUUCGCCGGAACACGGCUUCCCUUUGCCACUGCCACCGCGAACACAACCGAAACCGAUGGCGUCGCCAAACGGCAGUGUCCCAGCGAAUUCUCUACUGUCUGCCACGCCACAAACGCCUCUCCAAAGCACUGCCAGCGGUGGAUACCGCCAAAAUGGUGCGGUGCCCCAACAAUCACCGCCCGAUCUGCACUACGCUUCGCUGGAUCUAAACUCACCGAAACGGCCACCGCCGCAACCGAUCUUCCAGAAUGGCCGCACCACCACAGACUACCACGAACCGUUCCCAGCACCACCGCCUCCGCUAGCUGAGCCGAACCGGCCGGCAACAAUCAACUACCAUCAGUACUCGGACGAGGAGGAGGAACCGACGGCCGCCGGCGGUGGUUACGCCAACGUUAACCUACACGCACACACACCGGAAAAGAAGCAACCGAAACGACCUCACCUACCGCCGUUAGGCAUCGACAGCGUGGACAGCAUACGGCCCUACGAUAUGCCGCUAACGGUCGACCACUUCAAUGGUGGCGCAGGAUACGGAUACCCGUCGUCGAUGAACAACAUAUCCGCAGCGGCAAGGGGAGGGCUCCCGACCGGAGCUGCUACCCGCUACUCGCACAACAUUCUUCCCGGGAACGCCGAGCCGGAGUAUCAAAACAAUACAAACUUCAACAAAAUGUCCCCCGAAAAGUAUGUCGUUCCGGGAGCGAUCCCACCACCCGGAGGCCGAUCUCAGCCGGGAUUUGCAGCGGGCAGCGAGAUUCCUUCGUACUCUGUGGGUGAUGGCUACCGUCGGGUUGAGGCUGGCAUUCAGCGGAGCACCGCAAAACCACCGAUUAACUAUAACCUGUACGAUGACGACGACAUCGAGGAAGCACUGGCAACGACCCAGGCCGGUGGCCCAUCUUCCUCGGGUUACUCGGGUGCUCAACAACAGCUACAACAUAACCUCAGCCAACACAUUGGCCUGCCGGUGGAGCUGGGCUCGGCGAUGAUGAUGGGAAGCCAGGGAUCGAGCGGUGGCAGCAGCCGCUACACUGGCAGCGGUGGCGCUACACCGAAAGCUGGGGGCUCCGGAAUGGGUCCGUCGCAUCAUGCUCAGCCACCGGUGCAACAUCAGCAACAUCUAUACCAGAACCAUCAUCAUCAUCCACCACCACAGGCAUCCACGUCGUCCCAUGGCUCCUCACCGAGCCACUCGAAGCACAGCAGCUACGACAAGACCGACCGCAUAAGAACGUUGCAGGAUUUGGGUCUCGCCCCGGACGAGAUACAGGAGAUCGAUCAGCGGCUCGAGCAGGAACUUCGUGACGCGGAACUGGCCCGCAAACUGCAGGAGGAGGAAGGCGGUGGACUGGAUCAGGAGUUUAUCGAUCGUAAGGUGGCGAUGGAGGCGCAGGACAAGGAGCUGGCCAAAAUGCUCCAAGAGCGGGAACGGGCCAAAGCGAAGCGGGCUCGAGAAAAGGCGCGGCUCAAGAAGGAACAACGAAUGCAACAGCAGCAGCAGCAACAGUCGGCCCCGAAUGGCGGCGUUCCGUUGGAUGGUGGAACCUUGGAACCCAUCGGCGACCGAGGAGAACCGCUCUCGGCCACCGGUGGAGACGUCAGCGUACAAGGGGUCGUAGGGGACGCUUCUUAUUCGAACCCGAUCGAUAUGCUGCAGCACCAGGAGCAGCAAUAUCAACGGCCGGUACACGGCACGGGCUCUUCGGGAGCGUCCAGCACCCGGCCGUAUUACGGAGCACCGAUGCCCGCUCCCGGUGCCCUCGAUCCUCACCACGCUCAACACUAUCGCCAGCAGGGCAGCCUGUCGUCGCAUGGUUCCGGUGCCGGAAGCCAGCAGCACAUCCCAACCACCCAGCAGCCUUCACCUCAAGCUGCUGCGAUCAGUGACGAAAACUACUCCAAUCCGGUCGACAUGAUCAAGCAGCAGAGGCAACAGCAACAGCUUCUGCUGCAGCAACAACAGCUACAGCAGCAACAACGCGCCGGACCGAACCUGAAGCUGUCGGCCAAUGUGCAGCGGUUGAUUGAGAAUGGUCGCAAGGACGACGAAAUCUACGUUCUUCCCGUGUCGGAGGAGUCCGGACUUCCACCAGCUACGGGUGACCUGCAGCAACCCUCGCAGAGAAGUCCUCAACGAGGCGCGGCAGCAGCAGCAGCCGGCAGUGGAACAGGCCGAUUAAUGGCCUCCCCGGGAUCGAGGAACCAGUACUUGGACGAUAAUAUCGCAGCAAAAAUCGAUCCCACGUUUGCGAUGGGAGGUUCCCUGGGGUCUCCGGGUACGGCCACCACGUCGCUAACGACUUCACCGGUGGCGCACUCCACACAGCCCGAUAUUCUAGAGUUUUCCGAUCCCGGAUCAUCUAGUCCUGUGCCACCGUACAUGCCGAUACAGGGCACGCGGCGCAACAACACCGCCGAGGGUAAGAAGCGCAAGUCGAAGGAACGCUGCGCCCAGCAGUAAAACCGGUGCGGCACAGGAAUGAUUCGGAGCGGGCCGCAGGACGGGAACUCUCUACUUUUGCGUUUGUUUAGUGAUGCCAUCGCAAGGCGCGCGAUAAAAUUUGGGGCCGAAAGAUUAUGAAUCUAUAUUAUAACUGCGUUUAUUUAUCGAAAAAGCAUGGAUUUGUACGGAGGCAGCAUGAGUGUGAAAGUGAAACAGCUCGAACCAACGGAGGUUGUUUAUUUAAUAAAAGCGA